AUGCCUGUUCCAAGCUACGGUGCCAUGCCUCUAAGCAAGACCUUCUUGCUCGUGCGCAUCAUGCAGGUCAUCUCUAUGGUCGUUAUUAUCGGCAUAACCUCCAACUUCAUUGGCAACAUCGUCAACCUAGGCGUAGAGCCCCCCAAAGAGUUCGUAGGAACCAUCAGCAUCACCUGCAUUGCAGCGCUCUACAUCCUCGUCAGCGUGGCCUACUACUGGUCCGAAGCCAACCUUGGUCUGCUUGUCAUGGCGGGCGCAGACUCCCUCCUACUUAUCGCUUUCAUCGUGGUUGCUGUGACUGUUGGCAAGCCUGUGAGCUAUCUGAACUGCUAUGUCAUCGGCAAGACGAGCACCGAGGUGGACGCGGCGUACGCUUACGCUUUCACCACUUCGGUCAAGAACAACUUGAAUCAGAUGGGUGAUAAGUUGAGCCUGGGUCAUUGGGCCGGUGUGACCAGGAGCAACUGCUUCCAGGCGAAGACUGUGUGGGGUUUGGCGAUUGCUAUGUGCAUUCUCUUCACCACUUCGUGCGCGCUUCUGCCCACGCUUUGGUACAAGAACAAGAAGGCGACUGCGGUUCCAAAAUCUGUUGAGGCGUAG